GAGAAUGUUCCCCUCUGUGCGCGUCAAAGUGCGCAACCUUGACCCGAGCCAGCAGUACUACAUCGCGAUGGACGUCAUGCCCGUGGAUUCCAAACGCUACAGGUAUGUGUACCACAGCUCGCAGUGGAUGGUGGCGGGGAACACGGACCACUCCUGCAUCUCCCCGCGGCUCUACGUGCACCCGGACUCCCCGUGCGCGGGAGAGACGUGGAUGCGUCAGGUGAUCAGCUUCGACCGGGUCAAACUCACCAACAACGAGAUGGACGAUAAGGGGCAUAUCAUUCUCCAGUCGAUGCACAAAUACAAGCCACGUGUGCACGUCAUCAGGCACGACCCUCGCAUGGACCUGUCGCAGAUCCAAUCGCUGCCUGCUGAGGGAGUGCACAGCUUCUCCUUCCCUGAAACGGAGUUCACCACAGUCACAGCCUACCAGAACCAACAGAUCACAAAACUGAAGAUCGACAGGAACCCGUUCGCCAAGGGCUUCAGAGAUCCAGGAAGGAAUAGGGGAGUGUUGGAUGGCCUUUUGGAGUCCUAUCCCUGGAGAGGCCCUCUCAGCUUGGACUUCAAGCCGUUCACCAUACAGCUCCAAGGGAGCUCGGGGUCGCCGACCAGCAGUAUAAAGACUCUUCUCCCCCUCUCCUCUUCUUCUCCCCUACACCCGUUCCCCGUCUCUGCGCUCUCCUGCCACGAUUCCGCUCUCCACACCCUCACUCUGCCUCUCUACGGAAAGACCUCCACGGCCUCUCCGCUGCCCAGUAGGGCCUUCUCCUCCCUGGGAGUAGACAGACUGAGAGGCCUGCCCCCGCUACCAGACCUUCCUUUCCUCUCAGCGCUUCAGCCAAAGAAACCUCUCCAAUGUAGGGACCCAUGUCCGGGGAGCCUCUUCCCCCUCCACGGCCCCUUCGGUCCUCACGGGCCUUCUCUGCUCCCUCAUCUCUCUGACACUGCAGGCCCUUACUGUUUCUACCGCUACAGCUUCCCCCUGAACCCCCAACUCACAGCUCUUUCCCGGCACGCCAAACUAUCCGAAGACACCACAGACUGUCUGCUGCGCCCGUCUCCGUGGCACCCGACCACCAACCACUGCCUCUGACAGCUGGACCGCACUUUCAGGCUCCGGCCCAUUGAGUGUUACGAGCCAGAGCUUAUUGCAACAACACAGAGAGGCCUUAUGCUCCAUUCGAGAAGGACUC